GGUUUUGAUCAUUCCUUAUUCGGAAUAACUCCGUAUCGGACAAACAGCAAUGUCUACAUCCCUCAUCAUUUUGUCGUUGGCAGUUGUCACGGUCGCCGCUGGAAAACUUGUGAACUACUGUGAUGUUGAAAAACAGUUUUACGUUAAACAGUGGGGGCAGUGCAAGGCUUGCGAUAGAUGUCCAAGGGGCUACGGACUGAAUUCAAAAAGAGAUGUACGACUGGAUCCAGUUCACGGAGCGCUCCAUUGCAGAGGUUGUGUGAAAUGUGUCCCCGGUGAAACCUUUAAUUCUGAGAUAGGAUAUGGGGAAUGUCUCAGCUGUACAAACUGUACUGCUCACCGAAAAACUGUUAUUACAGAGUGUACAAUAGAAACUGACACAGUCUGCAGCAAGGCUGCAAUACAGGAGAACGGACAAAUACAGUCGCCCCAGAAUAAGCGGAAGUCGGUUUCUCAGGAUCAAACUAACUCAGAUUCAAAAUCAGACUCCGAAGUUAAUAUCGGCAAACAGGACCAAGAAAAUACAGAUUUGAAUCCAUUGCUGACAUGGUCUGGUAUUUCGGCAAUAGCAAUGUUUGUUCCUCUCUCAGUUGUUAUGUUUUUCAGAAAAAAUAGAGAAAAACUUAAUUGCUGGAAAAAAGACCUAGAAAUUUCUAUAGAUGUCCAAGAGCAAGAAAGCUUAAAGAAAAAAGAUAACCAUGAUGUCCCUGUGACCCUUGAACCUGUCGAGGAAUCUGCUUCUUUGAGCACCGUGAAAUCAAAAGUAGAUUGCACAGAAGAAACCUCUCAGUGUUUUGUACGACAGUCAGUCGUGUCUGAGGAUAUGCCACCAUUAGAGAGCGACUUUUAUUACAGUUUGAGCAAUGAAGUUCCUACAUAUAAAGAGCAACAUGAAAUAUCAGAUGAAGUUCAGAUGAAGUUCUCAAAGACGAGAGUCAAACGAUUUAAUGGAAUUCCUACAAAGAAUUACAAGAUAUCUGUGGCAACAAUUCUUGUAACAAUCAUUAAGGAUUGUGAAAUCCAGAGGACCAAGGAAGAACAGAGAAAAAAAGAAUCCCAUAAAGGCAGCUUGUUGAAAUAUUACCUACCUAAGGUUAUACUGGUUGAUUCGGCGUGA